CCGCCGCCGCGCGCCAGCAGCCCGCACUCCCUCGCCAUGAGCUUCGGCUCCGAGCACUACCUGUGCGCCGCGUCCGCGUCGUCCUACCGCAAGGCGUUCGGCGACGGCUCGCGCCUGGCCGCCGCGCGGGGCCUGGCGGGGUCGGGCUUCCGCGCCCACUCGCUGCCCCGCGGCGCCGCGGCGUCGCUGCCGCUCGGCCUGGGGCUGGGGCUGGCCUACCGCCGGGCGCCCGCGGCGGCCGACGGGCUGGACCUGAGCCAGGCGGCGGCGCGCACCAACGAGUACAAGAUCAUCCGCACGAACGAGAAGGAGCAGCUGCAGGGCCUGAACGACCGCUUCGCCGUGUUCAUCGAGAAGGUGCACCAGCUGGAGACGCAGAACCGCGCGCUCGAGGCCGAGCUGGGGGCGCUGCGGCAGCGGCACGCCGAGCCGUCGCGCGUGGGCGAGCUGUUCGAGCGCGAGCUGCGCGAGCUGCGCGCGCAGCUGGAGGAGGCGAGCUCGGCGCGCGCGCAGGCCCUGCUGGAGCGCGACGCGCUGGCCGACGAGGCGCAGCGGCUGCGGGCGCGCUGCGAGGAGGAGAGCCGCGGGCGCGAGGCGGCCGAGCGCGCGCUCAAGGCGCAGCAGCGCGACGCCGACGGCGCCACGCUGGCCCGCCUGGACCUGGAGAAGAAGGUGGAGGCGCUGCUGGACGAGCUGGCCUUCGUGCGCCAGGUGCACGAGGAGGAGGUGGCCGAGCUGCUGGCCACGCUGCAGGCCUCGUCGCAGGCGGCCGCCGCGGCCGAGCUGGACGUGGCGGCCGCGGCCAAGCCCGACCUGAGCUCGGCGCUGCGCGAGAUCCGCGCGCAGUACGAGUCCCUGGCCGCCAAGAACCUGCAGUCGGCCGAGGAGUGGUACAAGUCCAAGUUCGCCAACCUCAACGAGCAGGCGGCGCGCAGCACCGAGGCCAUCCGCGCCAGCCGCGAGGAGAUCCACGAGUACCGGCGCCAGCUGCAGGCGCGCACCAUCGAGAUCGAGGGGCUGCGCGGCGCCAACGAGUCCUUGGAGAGGCAGAUCCUGGAGCUGGAGGAGAGGCACGGCGCCGAGGUGGCCGGCUACCAGGAUAGCAUUGGGCAGCUGGAGAAUGACCUGAGGAACACCAAGAGUGAGAUGGCCCGUCACCUUCGGGAAUACCAGGACCUGCUCAAUGUCAAAAUGGCUCUCGACAUCGAGAUUGCAGCCUACAGGAAAUUGCUGGAAGGCGAGGAGACACGUUUUAGCACCAGUGGAUUAAGCAUUUCGGGUCUGAAUCCACUUCCUAACCCAAGUUACCUGCUACCACCUAGAGUGCUCAGUUCUACAAUCUCCAAAGUCUCAUCCACUGGGCUGUCUCUUAAGAAGGAGGAGGAAGAGAUUUCGAAGGAGGCCUCUAAGAAAACCUCCCAGAUAGAGGAAAACUUUGAAGAAAUAUUGGAGGAGACAGUAGUAGCUUCUAAGAAAAUUGAGAAAUCCAGUUUAGAAGAAAGCAGCCUUUCAAAUCAAAAAAUAUAAUUGCUUUUUAAAAAUUCAUGCAUAAGAGGGGAUAAUAAUAUGCACUUGACUUGUUAAACAGCCUAUUCCUAAACCAAAACAUCUGCCACAAUGAUACACUAUCUUCCAGGCUUCCGUCUCACGUUUAGCAUUAACUACUUUCUCUAGUAAGAAAACCACCCCUUAGGUUGGAGCAAACUGCAGUCCUCCAGCAGUCCUAGAGGGGUUAUCUAAGAAUCCUGCUUUCUCAUCCAAAGCACAGGCUUCACAGCAUAGAUGAUCCAAGUACAGAGGAAGUGCGAACUGAGGUGCUAUACCGGUGAUCAUCGUCAUAUGCUGCAAACUCAGAUCAAAACUUGUUUUCAUUCAGUAUCUCCAGCCAUCACCCCCAUGAUAUUAUCGCACUCAGCACCUACAACACAUGGUUACUGCCAAAAAUAAACCAAGCCACUCUCCUAGAACCGUGCCACCAACAGUAUGUCAAUUCCAUAGAGCCUUUUCUCCCUGACAAGGGAAUAAAACAAACUGGUAAUAAUCUUGCCUUUCAAACACAUCAAGAUUUUUCUCAAAGGAACUUUUCCCCUUCAACCCUCUGGGGGUAAAAUUAGGUGCAUGUUGUCCAUUUCUAAGAUUCGUGUAAAACUGCUCCCUACCCAUUUCAUUUCCUUUCAAUUCUGUAGGUGUAAGAAAAAUUGCAGUGGUAAGUUUUAAUAGAUGCCCCCCAAAAAAGAUGAUCCCCAAGAAAUGAAAUAAUGAAAAGUCCCCUGAUUUAAGUCUUUCAGCUUUUUUAAACCCAUUUAAUUAGAAAACUAAGUAUGUAGCAUUUUGAUGUGAAUGUUAGGAGCACAUUAAUAGUUGAUCCCAG